AUGCCGUCGUCAUUUCAAAAUCAUCGCCCGAAACAGCUCUCUCGACCAAAGACGGCUGAGAAAAAACAGAGCCCUAUGCGGCGCAGCCCACGCAACCACGGCGUCGGCACGAUACAACAAGAGGCAGUCCAGAGCCCUUUGCGGCGCAGCCCACGCUCCCUCACGAAACGGACAUUCAUGUCUGGCCGAUGCGAGUCUUCGGGCUGCAAAGACGAUUGCAGCACAAACGAGUGCGUGAACCGCAGGACUCGUGUUGAAUGUGAUCACGAAAACUGCGGUCGCUCUUGGUGCCAAAAUCGGCUAUUCGCCGAGCCACCAGAGCGCAAGCUCACCGUCUUCAAAACUCACACGCGUCGCGGACGCGGCCUGCGCACCGACGAGGAUCUGCCGCAAGACGUCUUCGUCGGCGAGAUCAAGGGCGUGGUGCGCCGCAUGCGGGAUUCGGACGGGUACUGGAGCAACUCGCACUUCCGCAUGACCCUCAGCAACGGACGCGAGCUGGACGCGACGCACGUAAACUCGCAGGCGCGCUACCUCAACCACACCUGCGGCGAGCCGAACUGCGGGUUGGAAGAGUGGGAGGGGGCUGACGGCAGGGUGCACGUCGCCGUGUUCACCCUCAUGCCCGUGGAGGCUGGCACGGAGCUGACCAUCAGGUACCACGAUUGCACCCAGGCUGGGAUGGAGGAGCGAAAGGCGCCGCCGCCACAACAAUCAGACGACGGCGAAGCGUGUCUGUGCGGGAGCGACAACUGCUGCGGUAUGCUAUGGGGCCCUGAACUAGCCGGGGCCGAAUCGGGAAAAGAGCUACCAUGUAACUAA